AUGACCUGUCCCGCCUGGGGGACGUUCCCACGAGGCCCCGAGGCAGGAUGGAUAGGGACGCAGCGGGACAGAGGCGGCCGAGCCAGGCACUCAAAGCACCGCUUUCCAGCACUUAAACAAGAUAUUUUCCUCUCGGAAAAGCUGAAGCACAAAGAUACAGGUCUCAUUCAGAGUGAGCAAGAGCACCCUGAGCCCAAUCGCCUCUUCUCCAGGCAUGAGCCACCCGCCACAGUGCUGGGGACCCAGCGGGCAUGCACAGGCCCCCUGCUUGGGGAGAGCACGCUGUUAUAUCUUCUUUCAAUAGGUACCAGAAUUAUUUAUGAUCGCAAGUUUUUGAUGGAGUGCCGCAAUUCUCCGGUUGCUAAAACACCACCUUCUGACCUUCCGGACAUUCCAGGUGUUACAAGCCCAAAUGUGGAGGAGUUAAAGAUUGAAAACAACCAUGUCCAGAGCUAUGAUGAGAAAGCAAGCAUAGGUGAGGAAGAGCAGUUUGACAUGGACAUCUAAAGCACAUGGCCUGAGAGUGCUUAUCCAGUGAAGAGUUGGACCUUGCCUUGAGGAUUCCCACCAGCUAGGCUUAGAGUAGCCCAUGUUUUGAGUGCCUUCCUGGGAAGGGCAAUUCAUUCACUUCUGAGAAAGAAUGCAUCCUGUUACAAGGACUGAAUCUCAGCCUCUCUGUGUGGGUGCAGAUACACAAGUACAGCCCCUGCUGGCGAAGGGCCACAGAGUGCAGGAGGAGACAUUCUCAAUGAUUGUUUUUGUUUCCAGUUUUAUGCUUUUGUUAAUCAUUGUAUUACUGUAAAAGUAACAAAUGCAAUAUAUGGGAGAAAUAAAAAUCAUUUUGAGUCUCCUGG